CAUGUGCUGCUCCCGCCCGCCGCCCACGCACUGCCCACCACGCCCAUACCUUUAUAGAACUACCAGAGACAUCACUAAGGGGGCAUGGUGGCCGGAAAUAAAACGAGAAAAGGAAUAGAAGUGUAUAAAUCCCGCAUCCCGAGUAAAAAAAGCAAGAAAGGGAAGGGGAAAGGAAUCUCCCUGUCCCUCGGGGAGUUCCUGGGAACCUCCAACACAAACACCGGCUCCACUGUGGUGGUGAACAAAGGCAGCUGGGCCGAUGAGAGCGAGGACUUUGAGGAGGACCGGUACCAGGGUCCAACUGAGAGGCUUGUGCUGCCCACCGCUCCCCGCACCGCCCGGGAGCCUGAUGUGGACCCAGAGAGAGUACCCAGGGAUCCACCCUUCACCGCCUACAUCGCCAACCUGCCCUUUGAGGUGGAUGACAAUGACAUCACCAGAUUUUUCCAGGACCUCAAGGUCAAGUCCAUCCGUCUGCCCCGGGAGGGAGGCGAGGGAGGACGCUUCAAGGGGUUCGGCUAUGUGGAGUUUGAGACCCGGAGUGAGCUGUUAGAGGCCCUGGGCAAGAAUGAGGAUGUGAUGGGGAACCGUAAGAUCCGUGUGGAUGUGGCUGAGGGUGAGGGAGGCAGCAUGCGAAGGGGCUUCUCAGACCGCAGUGGGCGUGAUGAUGACCGGCUGGACCGCAGUGAGGGUGUGUCCGACUGGCGUGCUGCACCCCCUAGAGAAGACCGGGACAGCCGUAGCCCUGUCCGUGGAGGGUUUGGAGAUCGUGACCGUGGUGGUUUUGGUGACCGAGACCGUGGUGGUUUUGGUGACCGAGACCGUGGCUUUGGUGACAGGGACCGGGGAGGCUUUGGUGACAGGGACCGUGACCGAGGAGGCUUUGGUGACCGUGACAGAGGAGGAGGCUUUAGGGACCGCUAUGGUGACCGUGAUCGUGACCGUGGUUUUGGUGACCGUGACCGAGGUUUUGGUGACCGAGACAGAGGCUUUGGUGACCGCGACAGAGACCGAGGGUACAGGGACAGAUAUGGUGACAGGGGUUAUGACAGGGAUCGAGGCUAUGACUGGGACCGAGGCUAUGACAGGGACAGAGGCUAUGACAGGGAUCGAGGCUAUGACAGGGACAGAGGAUAUGACAGGGACAGAGGGCGUUAUAUGGGUGGGUCAGGUGGAUUUCGUGAUGACCCAUGGAGAAGGGAUCGUGACGGCCCAAGUCGUGGCUCUGAUUCGGGACCAAGAGAACGCCCCAAGCUGCAGUUGAUCCCAAGGAGCAGAGGCCCAGAGGCUGAGGAGAAGAAGGAUGCUGGAGGUGGAGCUGCCAGUGGUGGUGGUGGUGGAGGAGGUAGUGCUGGGGGAGGAGCUAGUGGAGGAGGAGGAGGAGGUGGUGUUGGUGGAGGAAGUGGAGGUGGAGGAAGUGGAGGUGGAGGAAGUGGAGGUGGAGGAAGUGGAGGUGGAGGAAGUGGAGGUGGAGGAGGAGGAGGAGGAGGAGGAGGAGGAGGAGGAGGUGGAGGUGGAUCCAGUAUCUUCGGCGCUGCCCGACCAGUGGACACAGCUUCAAGGGAGAAGGAGAUAGAACAGAAGCUCCAUGGAAGAGAGCUACCAAGGAGAGAUGGAGGUGGAGGAGACAGAGGGGAAAGAGGUGGUGGAGACAGAGGAGAAGGAGAAAGAGAACGAGGUGGAGAAAGAGAGCGAGGUGGAGAAAGAGAGCGAGGUGGAGAGAGAGAGCGAGGUGGAGGAGGAGGAGGUGGUGGUGGUGGUGGUGGUGGCGGUGGCGGUGGCAUCUUUGGAGCAGCCCGACCUGUGGACACGGCCGCCCGGGAGCGACAGAUUGAGGAGAAGCUGAGGAAGAUGGAGCCAUCUGUGAAAGAUGAGCCGCCGCGCCGCUACACCCGUGAAGACGGCAUGAGGGACAUCAGGAGAGAUGAGGGCACCAGGGACAUCAGGCGAGAUGAGGGCACCAGGGACAUCAGGCGAGAUGAGGGCACCAGGGACAUCAGGCGAGAUGAGCGCAACAGGGACAUAAGGAGAGAUGAUCGGCAAGAUGACCGCAGGGAUGACAGGCGAGAUGAUCCCCGGGAUAGGGAUGGCCCUCACAGUAACAGGGAUGACAUGAGGGACAGGGAUUGCUCCAGGGACAGCGAGAGGAGUGGUGGGCCCACCCCCAACAGGGACCGCAGGGGACCUCCAGUGAAGGAUACAUCCAAUGAGAAGGUAGGAAUGUGUGGCUUGUGA